AUGAUUGGUUGGGGGCAAGGGAAGCUGAUCGACAUCACAGGUCCUACAGGCACUACUUAUUUGGGCAUUAGGAGACACGCUAAGGUUAGCGAUGCUGUUACAUUGGAAGGGUGGAGCAUACGAGGAAGUAGAAGCCGUAGGUUCCACGAGCUGAGAAAUAGUAUCUUACAAAGAGAACCUCCGCAACCAGAGAACGGCAAGGACAUAGUAUUGUGGAAGCAUGUGAGUGAUGAUUAUAGAGAUCAUUACUCUGCGGCUAGUACGUGGGAGCAAGUGAGGUCUAGGAGGCCUAGAGUCGAGUGGAGUCGAGUAAUCUGGUUCACACAAGGGGUCCCACGAUUCUCAUUCAUAACUUGGCUAGCAGUGAAGAAUAGACUAUCAACUGGUGAUCGUAUGAGACAAUGGGGAAUGGUACAGAGUUGUGAGCUUUGUGGAGAGAGAGAUGAAACGCGUGAUCAUUUGUUCUUCGCAUGUCCUUAUUCCUACACAGUGUGGGAGAGUCUGGCUAGGAGACUUAUUGGCAUCAGCAUCAAUCCGGAUUGGCAAUGGACACUGCAUCGCAUACAAAGAAUGAGUCAAGGGAAAGCUGAUACUGUUUUGGUGAAGCUUUUGUUGCAGACCACAAUCUACCACAUUUGGAGAGAAAGGAAUGGGAGGCGUCAUCAGCAAAGCAGAGUCACCACUGAUCAUAUGCGACGGCGCAUUGAUAAGGCAGUGAGAAACAGAAUCUCAUCACUCAAAUACAGAUUCGAUCACAAAUAUGGAGGAUUACUCAGCCGUUGGUUCCAGCUUAGUAUGUGA